UUUUGAAGGAGCAAGAUGAAGAGAAAGCGGAGAGAGAUUUGUCAAGGCCGCUGGUCAGGCAGGAAGCUGUCAGUGCGGUUAGCUGAGCGGAACAGUAGAGGGGAAGCUGUUUUUUCUACAAUAUUUGUUCUGCGUAGUCCUUCAGACUAAACUAGAAACGGCUACUGAAGGAGAAAGCGAUAGCUAAGGAAGUCAGUGGAGCUUUUAGACAGUCAUUAAGGUAAAGCCAGAGACUCUAGAGACAGCAUUGAUGACUGAAGCAAACAUCCACCAUUACUAGCCCAAGUCUUGUCAUGCAGUCAGAGUGAGCUCUUAGGAGAUUGUAUGGGCCCUGCAAUGGUAGUUUUGGCAGGUGUGGAGCCCGCCACUGGACAGAGGACAGGUGAAGGGAGGUUGUCCUGGCCAGUUUUCCUGCUGACGCUAGCUGCUGUCACCUCCUCCUCUCUUUCAGCGUUGUCCCUGUACCAACUGGUGGCUCUCAGAGCUGAAGUAGAGGGACUCAAGUCUGAGGUUUGUCGCAGGAGAGAAGAGGGACGAGAGACCAAGCAUGGAGGACAGACUGAGAAUAUCAGGAGGAGAAACAGCCAAGAGCCGCUGCACCAACCUGGGUCUCAACAUGCUCUCAGCCUGAUAAGAAAGAGAAGAUUUGUCUCUGGAUCAGAGACAUUCGUUUCUCAGCCAUGCCUGCAGUUGUUGGCAAACAAUAGCAGGAAAACCUUCAGGAAAGAACAUGACUCGGAGCCGCACACAGGUAUCCCCUGGCAGACCGGGCUGAAGAGAGGCUCUGCUCUGGAGGUAGAAGGAGACAGCAUGUUAGUCCGAGAGGAGGGCUUCUACUUCGUGUACAGUCAGGUCUACUACAUAGACAGCACCUUCGCAAUGGGUCACGUGGUGAUCCGGAAGAAGAGGAAUGUGGUGGGAGACGAGCCUCAGUAUGUGAUCUUGUUCCGCUGCAUCCAGAAUAUGAACCCUGUCGACCCUUACAACACCUGCUACACAGGAGGUAUUGUGAAGCUGGAGGUCGGGGACCACCUGGAGCUGCUGAUCCCUCGUCCCACAGCCAACGUGUCCCUGUAUGGAGACGCCACCUUCCUGGGUGCUGUCAAACUGGCUUAAAGUGUGUUCCCUCAAUUUGGACAGGAGGGAUGCUGUUGUGGCGGAAAAAAGGGAGCAACAAAGCACAGUUCUGGUGACCUCGUCUGACUUUGCGUGAUGUGAAUAUGUGAGGGGAGAAGAAUGAAGGAAGCAGCCAUUUCUGUACUGGCUUGAUGAUUUACUGUGUGACUCCUAGCGUGUUCAGCCUAAGGGGACAUGAAGAGGACUGAGUUGAUGACACACUCUUAUAAAAAUUCUUAUACACCUACAGCUGUAUUAUGUUCAUUAUUACGACACAUCAUGACAAAAGUAUUGUAAUAACAGAAUCAAUUACUUUUUCUUCAAAUAAUCACAAACAUAUGGCAAGCUCUGACUUAUGAGACUUGACUUUGUCUGACUUGUAUGACACGUGCUACAUUUGUGUCAUUAUUAUACUACUCCUGUAGUGGCAGCAUUACUUACAGUAAAUAGUUAUUCUCGUCUGCUUUGUUGUUUUAGAUAUUUGAACAUAAACAAGAAACAAGAACAUAAACAAGAUCUGAGAUCACCUGAAUUUCAUCAUUUGAUUACCUUUAACCUAUAUAUGUCCACCUGAUUGAACAUUCAGAUGCAAUAAAGGGACAGUUCUUGCACAAGAUAUGACAUCAUCUGGAACCUGGGUAGAUGUUGUUGUUCCUUUGUUGGCCACAAGGAGGAAGGAUAUUCAGUGUGGUAGAACCUCCUGCCAGGCAGCAGAGAGACAAAUGGGACAUGUCUAUUUUUAGAUAGAGGCAAAACUGUACAGGCAGAUGUUGUCAAUGAAUGUGUAAUGCCUGAGGAGCCUCAAUGGAUGAUUCUUCAUGUUAAGUGUGAGGGAGUUACAUCUCGGGCUGGAUUCAGAUACAAUUUGACCAAUGGGUUUCCUUGACAUAAAUAUUUUCAUAACUUUA